AAGUUCUCACUCGCUUUCCCCUCUGAAUGUCAGCAUCUACAUCAGCGUCGUUAGAGCCUCUCAAUGUGGUAAUGGUCGGUACUGGUGAAUAUACGACCGGUUAUGUUGGUGGCCACGCUUCUCGUAGCGACAAGACUAAGGGCGUUGUCGGUCUGGUUAUGUUCGACCUCCGCCGACGUGGCAAAGUUAGUAGCAUCGGUUGUGUUGGAACUAACGGCACUAAGUUCCCUGCAAUUCGACAACUUUUUGAGGAGAACAUUUCCAAGGUUUACAAUAACGUGGAUGUAUCGAUGACUACAUGGCCUGCCGAUGAUGUCAGUAGAGAUGUUGAGGCGUAUAAGAGAGCGAUCGAUUCUCUUCCUAGAGGAUCAGCGAUUACUGUUUUUACCCCGGAUACAACUCAUUACGAGAUUGCAAUGUAUGCCAUUGAACGAGGCGUUCAUGUGAUGGUUACUAAGCCGAUCGUUAUGACCGUUGAAGCUCAUAAGAGAGUUAUUGAAGCUGCUCGGAGGAAUGGAGUGUAUGUGCAAAUUGAAGUUCACAAGCGUUAUGAUCCAGUGUAUGCUGAUGCUCGUGAGAAAAUUCGCGAUAUUGAUAAUUUUGGUGCUUUUCAACACUGGGAUUCGGUGAUGACUCAGCCGAGAGACCAGAUUCACACAUUCAAGGCGUGGGCAGGGAAGAGUUCUGAUAUUAGCUAUUAUCUCAAUAGUCACCAUGUUGAUUACCACUGUUGGAUUAUGGACGGACUGGCUGAUCCUAUCCGAGCGAUGGCUGUGGGGUCGACGGGCGUUGCGACGUGUGAGGAGUUUGGAUGUCCUGAGGGAACUGAGGACACUAUCACAAUAGUAUGCGAAUGGAAGAAUCGUUCAGAUGGGUCUAUUGGCACUGCAGUUUAUAUGGCUUCAUGGGCGCAUCCGAACAAUUCGGAAUGCCACACUCAGCAGAGAUUUUUGUGUCUAGGGCAUAAGGGAGAGAUACGCGCUGAUCAAGCACAUAGGGGAUAUGAUGUGACGCAAAACAACAA